AUGGACGGCGGCAAGUUCCGGGACACGAUGCACUCGCUGAAUUACGGCACGGUGAUGGAGGCGGCGGCGAGGAACUACAUGGAGGAGAAAACGCGGGAAGAUGCGCACGCGAAAGCGCGGGCGCGGGCGCGAGUUUUAGACGCCAAGGAGUUGUGCGAGGAUCCUGAUUUAGAGGACAUUCAUCGCGAGCGCGUGCAGGCGAUGAAAGAGGCGCAAGAGCGACGGAUGACGAUGGAGCGCACGGGGCACGGAACGCUGACCGAGGUAGAUGAGAAGGAGUUCCUGCCAGAGGUGACGACGACGCAUCGCGUCGUGGCGCAUUUUUAUCAUCAAGAGUUUGAGCGGUGUAGGAUCAUGGAUAAGCAUUUAAGCGCGCUGGCGAAGAAGUUUUUCGAUACAAAGUUUAUCAAGAUAUCGGCACCGGACGCGCCGUUCUUUGUGACCAAGUUGCAAGUGAAGGUAUUGCCGUGUUUGAUUUUUUUCAAAGACGGCGUCGCGUUCGAUCGCUUGGUUGGGUUCGAGGAACUCGGGGGUAAGGACGAUUACCCCACGGCGAAACUAGAGCGAAUAUUGUUGAAAGCGGAUGCGGUGGUGCAGCCGGAGAAGAACGAGAGCGAUAGCGAGGAUGAGGUGGAGGAGAUACGUAGAGAAGCGAUGUCGCGCAUGAUGCGGACGGGCGGAUUCAAAGCGAAUAGUGACGACGAAGACAGCGAUUUCGAUUGA